GGAGUGGGGCGAACAUGGCUGAAGGCAGCCGGGGCGGCCCAACGUGCCGCGGGAUGGACUGCGCGCAGGACCCGGUCUCCAGCAGUGGGAACUGCAACUUUCCAGAGUACGAGCUUCCCGAGCUAAACACGCGCGCUUUCCAUGUGGGCGCUUUCGGGGAGCUGUGGCGUGGCCGGUUGCGCCGGGAAGGGGACUUGUCGCUGAAGGAGCCACAGGCAUCCGCGUUGCCUGGGAGCCAAGGGGUCGCCGACUGGGGCCAGGAGGAUGCUGCGGUGGCCCGGGAUCUGGGCUGCAGCUUGGAGGCAGCAGCGGAGCUGCGGACGGUGUGCGGCCUUGAUAAACUGAAGUGCCUUGAGGAGGGUGAGGAUCCAGAUGUCGUCCCAGAGAAUACCGACCUAGUGACUUUGGGGGUUAGAAAGAAGCUUCUGGAACAGCGGGAAGAAACCAUAACAAUAGAUCGGGUCUGCAGACAAGAAACAUUUGCUUAUGAGAUGGAGUCACAUGCCAUAGGAAAAAAGCCUGAAAAUCCAGCAGACAUGAUUGAAGAAGGGGAGCUUAUCCUAUCUGUGAAUAUCUUAUACCCUGUUAUAUUUCAUAAGCACAAAGAACACAAACCAUACCAGACGAUGCUGGUGUUGGGCAGUCAGAAGCUCACAGAACUGAGAGAUUCAAUUUGCUGUGUCAGUGACCUCCAGAUUGGUGGGGAAUUCAGCAACACUCCUGAUCAAGCUCCUGAGCACAUAAGCAAAGACCUGUACAAAUCAGCCUUCUUUUAUUUUGAAGGGACAUUUUACAAUGAUAAAAGAUACCCCGAGUGCAGAGAUUUGAGCAGAACUAUCAUUGAAUGGUCAGAGUCCCAUGACAGAGGCUAUGGAAAAUUUCAGACUGCUAAAAUGGAAGAUUUCACCUUCAACGACCUGUAUAUUAAACUGGGUUUUCCUUACUUAUAUUGUCACCAGGGAGACUGUGAGCAUGUUGUUGUCAUUACUGACAUAAGGCUUGCGCAUUGUGAUGACUGCUUGGAUAGGACACUUUAUCCCCUUCUUAUCAAGAAGCAUUGGCUGUGGACCAGAAAAUGUUUUGUUUGUAAAAUGUACACAGCCAGAUGGGUGACGAACAACGACAGUUUUGCACCAGAGGACCCAUGUUUCUUUUGUGAUGUUUGCUUUCGGAUGCUCCACUAUGAUUCAGAAGGCAACAAACUAGGAGAAUUCCUUGCUUAUCCUUAUGUUGAUCCUGGAACCUUUAACUAAUAAUAACAAAAAAUGUACCUUGUGAAGUUACUGUCCUCUUGGAUGGUUACUUUAUUUCCAGAACAUGCCACUGAGGAACAGGAUCCCCCUGAAAUAAUCAGCUAGUUACCCACGCCCCUGCAAAAGUUGACAUCACAGGUCUUUUUUUUUUUUUUUUAAAUCACAGGUUUUCUUAUAAAGUACCUUGUGUUUAGAAAUCUUUUAGUAUUUAUUUCAAAAUGGGGUUUUUAUUUAGUGUGCCCAUUUUUAAGUAUGUUUAUCAUACUAAGUUGUAGGAGUACUUUAUAUUUUUUUGAAUACAAAUCCUGUCAGAUUCAAGUAUUCUGGUUUUUAGCCAGUCUGUGGCUUGCCUAAAUCAUUCUGUGUCCAGAGUACUUUUUGCUAAUCUAUAAUUAGAAAAAUUCAGUUAAUCAUACAUCAACUGGUGGAAGUGUUUUGAAAAUUCUUUGAAGAAUGUGAGCGCUAUACCUUGUACCAUAAGGCUUCCAAGGUAAAGAUCCCUUAAAUAUCCGUGAUAAAAAUGAGGGAGAAGAAUAAAAGUAGAUUU